AUGGAAUCGUGGCUACGAACAAUGAUAACGGUGUUAAUUUUAGUUGUUAUUUCAACGAUUAGUGAAGCAUUUUUUCUAAAUUGGGGAACUACUGAAACGGUAGCAAAACCACAAUGGCCGGUCUCACCAUCACACUAUUAUUAUCAUCAACAAAGAUUCCUUCAACCACAAGCAUCAAAUAUUCAAGCACAAUACAUCAAUCCUUCUUCCGCUAGUAAUAACAAUGAUCUAUCAGCAUCUUCUGUAUCAUCGCAUUAUCCACAACAAACUCCAUUAUUAAUGGCUCAACAGCAACAACAACAACCUCCAUCUCAAUCUCAGUCAAUUCCAGCAAUACCAAUUCAAGUACCUUUGCAAGCACAAUUAACACCUCAACCAAAUUUACAAAAUGUUCAAUUAGUCCCAUGUUUAUGUCCGAUCUCUCAAGAUGAUAUUGAAAAAGCAUCUGAAAUUUACUCAGUUAAAAAUAAUCAAUAA